UCGCUGAUUGGCUGACUCUCAGGCGGAAGAGAAACCUUUUCCGGCAGAUUCCGGCUGUGAGCACUGAGCAGCACGAUGGCGACUGAUUCCUGGGCCCUGGCUGUGGACGAACAAGAGGCGGCGGCAGAGACAGUGAGACAUGGUGGACCACCAGGGGGAAGGGGGGAGAGAGGGAUGGGGGGGACCACCAGGGGGAAGGGGGGGAGAGAGGGAUGGGGAAUGCCCCAGGGGAAGGGGAGAGGAUGGGGGGACCACCAGGGAAGGGGGGAGAAAGAGGGAUGGGGGGGACCCACCAGGGGAAGGGGGAGAGAGGGAUGGGGGACCACCAGGGGGGAAGGGGGGAGAGAGUGAUGGGGGGACCACCAGGGGAAGGGGGGGAGAGCAUGGGGACCACCAGGGGAAGGGGAGAGUGAUGGGGACCUACCAGGGGAAGGGGGAGAGAGGGAUGGGGGGACCACCAGGGGGAAGGGGAGAGGGAUGGGGGGACCACCAGGGGAGAGAGGGAUGGGGACCACCAGGGGGAAGGGGGAGAGGGAUGGGGGGACCACCAGGGGGGAGAGAGGGAUGGGGGGGACUACCAGGGGAAGGGGAGAGAGGAUGGGGAUUCACUGGGAGAGAGUGAUGGGGAAAACGUUUGGUUCUCCCCCUUAUUUGGAGUUAUUCCAUAAAAUGUAAAAUCUACGCUUCGUUUCCACGCCUACAGUUUUCCACACACUGUUGUUUAUUCAUUCAGAGAAAAAGCUCCUAACGCGGCCUGAAACAUUGAUUUUAGAUUUUAUGGAAUAACUCCAAAUAAAGUUGUAGGAAAAAAAAACAAAAAAAAAAAAACACACAAGACUUUGAGUGCUAGCCCAAUUUUUACUUUGUGUGUGUGUAUGUGUAUAUAUAUGUAUGUAUGUAUGUAUGUAUGUGUGUAUAUAUAUAUAUAUAUAUACAUACACACACACACACACUCUCACGGUCUUUUGGUUUCUUUAAAACGAUUUUCCUUUUAUUUCAUUGCUUAAAACUUGAUCGACAUUUCAGCCACAAUACAUGGCUUUCAUCAGGAUCUUUACAGCUCAAAGAAGCUGUAAAGAUCCUGAUGAAAGCCAUGUAUUGUGGCUGAAAUGUCGAUCAAGUUUUAAGCAAUGAAAUAAAAGGAAAAUCGUUUUAAAGAAACCAAAAGACCGUGAGUGCUUGCCUCUUGUUCCCUAUAUUUGUGUAUAUUAUGGCAUUGGCUUGACAGCACCAGGCAGAAAUCCACAUUGAAGUGUGUGUGCAAGGAGACAGUAGGUGUGUGUGUGUGUGUGUGUAUGUAUAUGUGUAUAUAUAUAUGUAUAUGUGUGUGUGUAUAUAUUACACUCUCUCAUGCAAUGCUAAGAUAAAUCUAUAGCAUGCUUUUAUCAAUAACCAUGGAAUAAGGAAACAUCUCUAAUAGAAAAUGCUGCUGUAACUAUCCUAGUCUAACUACAAUAAAUCAUUCCCAUCCAUCAUUGUUCAAGUAAUAACAUUAAUUUAGCUGUGUACCUGUCUUGCCCAACACACCUUUUUAAAGAGCUGGCAAUGAAACCUCUGCUAUAGACUUUAUUUCAUAGAUGCCUAUUAAAAUAAAAAAAACUUGUAGUAAAAGUGAAUUGCUGAUCUGGAUCUUGGAUGAGGUGGCUCAGAGAGAGGGAGGAGAAGGGGCUGGUGACAAAUGUAAGGAUACAGAGAGGUUUGGCAAACAAAAAAUGCCUUGCUUUACUUUGGAAACGAGGAUCUUCUAAUGGUAUCAAAGCAGUUGAACCUGACUCUCUGUUUAAAAAUGUUAUUGUUCAGUCGUGUCCGACUCUCCGUUACCAUAGGGACCACACAUGCCAGGUGCCUCUGAGCUCCAACAACUUCAUGUUCGUGGCUUCAGUGACCUAAUCUCUCCGUCUCUGUCGUCCCCUUCUUCGUGUGCCUUCAAUCUUUCCCAGCAUCAGUCUUCUUUAGAGAAUCCUGCCUUCUCAUUAUAUGGCCAAAAUAUUUGAGCUUCGUGACCAUAGCUUCCAGUGAUUUCCUGUAGUACGGAUUUAUUGGAUCUUCUUGCAAUCCAAUGGAUUCUAAGCAGUUUUCACAAACACCGUUCAAAGGCAUCAGUUCUAGGACGCUCAGCCUUCUUUAUAGUCCAGCUCUCACAUCCAUAUGUUACUACUGGGAAUACCAUAGUUCUGACUAUGCGGACCUUUGAUAGUCUAAUAUCUUUAGUUUUUACCAGCUUGCCAUAGCUUUCCUCCCCAGAAGCAAACCCCUUUUAAUUUAAUGACUGCAGUCACCAUCUGAAGAGAUCUUUGAUCCCAGGAAAAUAAAAUCUGUCACUGCCUCCACUUCUUCCCCAUCUGUUUUCUAUGAUCUUAGUCAUUUUAAAGGAACACUAUAGUCACCUAAAUUACUUUAGCUAAAUAAAGCAGUUUUAGUGUAUAGAUCAUUCCCCUGCAAUUUCACUGCUCAAUUCACUGUCAUUUAGGAGUUAAAUCACUUGUUUCUGUUUAUGCAGCCCUAGCCACACCUCCCCUGGCUAUGAUUGACAGAGCCUGCAUGAAAAAAAAAAAACUGGUUUCCCUUUCAAACAGAUGUAAUUUACCUUAAAUAAUUGUAUCUCAAUCUCUAAAUUGAACUUUAAUCACAUACAGGAGGCUCUUGCAGGGUCUAGCAAGCUAUUAACAUAGCAGGGGAUAAUAAAAUCUUAAUUAAAUAGAACUUGCAAUAAAGAAAGCCUAAAUAGGGCUCUCUUUACAGGAAGUGUUUAUGGAAGGCUGUGCAAGUCACAUGCAGGGAGGUGUGACUAGGGUUCAUAAACAAAGGGAUUUAACUCCUAAAUGGCAGAGGAUUGAGCAGUGAGGCUGCAGGGGCAUGUUCUAUACACUAAAACUGCUUCAUUAAGCUAAAGUUGUUCAGGUGACUAUAGUGUCCCUUUAAUUUGCUUUUUUGCUUUCCUGAGCUAAGCCCUGCAGUGUGGGCUCGUUAAUUGGCUGAGAACAUCAACUGGGUCGCGGGGGGUGGGUUUAAACCAUGCCAGCCAUAAUAUCUGAACUUAUUUUGAUUCUUUACAGUUGUAUCUUUGAGUAAUUUUCAUGGUUAUAGUGGAACUGUAUGUCUUGAAGACUGUUUAUUUUCAUUUCUACAAAUCUAAUAUUCUUUUUAUUGAAUUUACUGAGCUAAGUAGUAUGGUAUCUUUGUUUUAUGCAUAUCACGUACAAAUAAGUGAUUUUUGUUCCUCCAUGUAGCUCAACAAGUUGGUCCUGAAAGAAGAUGAUGAACCUCCUAAGUCAGAAAGUAACAGUGAGUAUAACUUAAAGCAACUACUAAACCUUCUUUGACUGAUAAUGUACUAACGAUAGACCAGGUGUUUCCUGCCAUUGGUCAACAAAGCAUUGUGGAUGGACGAUAGUAGUUACAGGCAAGAUUGGACACUGUUCUUCUAUAGCAGGGGUGAUAUCACCGUCACGGAUACCCCUUUUCCAAGAGAAACUACAAAUAAUUCCCACUGGCAAAAUAUCACUGGCAUAGAAUAACACACACUCACACUCUCACACUACAGAAAAAUGCACAAUUUUGCAACACCCCAAAAUACAGGGAAACCCCACAAAAGUCACAUCCCUGGAUCUGGGCGAACAAUUGUAUCCAAAAAUCACCCAGAUCCAUUCGGUAGUUUUGGAUCGCCAUCGUGGGGAAGUUCUGACCGGUCUGCCACGAGGAGUAAGCCCAAAAUAGUUCCAUGUAAAUUGUGGCAAGAGCCGGUCUCCGUUCGUGGGGUUUUGUAUGAAAACCACCUAAGAGAGAGGAAAACUGGUUCAUGUAGAAUGCUCCCCAUGUUUGGUAGUCUGUAACUCCUGGAUGCCGUUUGUAUAGGUGAACUGGAACAGGACGUAAGUCCAUGGUGACCAGUGUUCGCGAGAGUAACUGGCCAAAAUUAGUUCCAGGCACUCUACGACCAAGUACCGCUGCCAGAGUUUGGGAGACAAGAUGGCCACCAUCCAUUGUUUCAGCCAUGUGCGUUCUCAUGUACGAAAUGGCAGUCACCUAGUGGAGCAUUCUAUUAAUGAUUUCCUUUGCAGUUUUCGUACAGAUACAUAAUGUUCUAAUUGGUUUCUGGGGUGGUCUGGGUACGGGAACCAAACAAAAUGAAUGUAGACACGAACAAAAUAAACGAAAGAGCCUUAAGUGAUAGGGAUAUUCAUUCACAAGGGUCACACGGAUAUUUAUAACAUGUGGACCAUUCAAAAUUAGUCUGCUGUAAUUGAGUCAAACGUUUAACUCCCCACUAAUGUGAUGGCUGGAACUACUUGCCUUUGGUGAGGUGUAUGUGUGUGUGUGUGUGAUGUUGGCUGGUCCUGAUAAUGUUGCUACUCGCAACAGCUUUUCCAGGUUUGCGUCACUCAGACUGGAGCGCAGUUAACACUUUGCGAUGUUCACUACAGUCACGCUUACUCUGUUGUGUGUGUCGCUCAGUAAAUGUAGCGGAAUAGAGGACCUAACUUCACUUUUAUUCCGUUUGUUCAGCUGUCCGUACCCCCCCUCGUUCGUUUACUGAACCAACUUUGUGGGUUCCCUGUGCCAGAAAUGCCACUGCCACGUGUUCCUGGAGGGGCCUGCUAGCUAGCCUCCUGCCCAAAGACCAUGGGCCCUGCAAAAAACAAUGUUAAAAGACUUUCUUUGUGCCAUUUCGCUAAACUGCUCGGGAACCGAACAGACGCCUGAACCUAGGACCACCCAUGUUCUUGUUAAGCCAUAUUGACACCUGGUGACGAUUCUUAUCUGGGUGGCUGCAAUUCAUAUGAACGACCAUGAGGUGAGGGCCAUCUUGUUCGUAUGAACACAGGCAGCGGUGUUUUGGGAGUCUGUGUCUGAUUUUUAGUUCCAUGACCAAACACCACUGGACUUCCAUCAUCGCCUGCGUUCAGUUCUGUAUAUCGUAGAUCAACACUUCGGUAGAAUCAUUUGUCUGGAUGAGGGGAACAAGCUCCAUGUUCGGAAAUUUUUUUUUUUAUUUUUUAUUUUUUUUUUUUGGUGCUACCAAAGUUGACCGACGGUUACCACUUUUCUCAUGGAGCUAUUUUGGGCAGAAGCCAUGUUUGCGUUCAGUCAAAACGUGACUUCCGUGGAAAACCUGAACCGAUCUGGGUGAUUUUUGGAUAUGUUGGUCACACAGAUUAGGGCUAUCCGGAGAUGUAUUUGAGGGGUACUUUUGGGGUGAUUGUGUUUUCUGUACUUGGACAUAAUUGGGUUAGUACAGUUCCUGACUCCAUUAUCUCUCCGGCACAGGAAAGGGAUUAACCUGUGAUUUUGUGUAAGAAACCCCUUGCAUGGGCUUGUGGGGGGUUUAAUGAUUAAUCUGUGGGUAGGUAUUAAUGGUUCUUUUGGGUAUGAUACUGGAACACAAGGCUACUGGCCAUUAAUAUAUCAAGGGACCCCCUAUCCAAGAGGGAAUCUAUGCAUAUGGCAAGCUAGAGAGUUGGCUUUUAUUUAAACCAGACAUCCAGGCCACUUAUGUGUGACUUCUCACUCCUUACAGAGCAGCACUGUUGGAGUCCUAGCUUCAAAGAGGAAUUAAGGCUAUAAACCUUCUGACCUCCCAUGCAAACAAAUUGGCCCAUUUUGAAAAUGUAUUUUUGUAUUAGUUUGUUUGUUUGUUUUUUUUUUUUUAAGAAUAUAUAUUUUUCUGUAGAGGAUCCUGGGAGGAAAAGCCCUGUAUUAUUGUAUGGGAUACCCCAUGUAGGGGUCUGUGCAUAAAAGCAGUGUGUGGCCAAAAUAAAAUGAGAUGACUCCCAGAACUGUGUCGUCCAGUUACUGGGGGAAAGUGUCUUGGGAUAUUUUGCGGUAUGUUUCAGCUACGAAGACUAAACAGCAGAAAUACAUAUGCUUGGUAUUAGAGCUCCGCCAAAGUAAGCCUACCUGGAACUGAAUGCUGUGGGAGCUGGAGGUAAAAUUCCCACUUUCCAUCACCUUCCUGUUGUCAAGGUCAGCUGCUUGAGUGCAGGGUAAAGGGGGAACAGAAAGCUCCCUCCCUUACACUGCUCCCACUGCCAGCUGUAUUGCGUCUGCACCAGCCCAUAGCACGUCCCUCCUUAAUCCCUCGGACUCUCUCUCAGUGCGAGUGGGAAAAUAAUUUAAAUGUCGUUAGGGCUAUUGCCUUGGCAGGGUCUGACCUUAUACGACCUGACGUUACCUACCCCUGUUAUAUAGAAACACCUGGCUCGUCUCCUUCACUCUGCUUAUAGAGCUGCAGGUGACUUACUGUUAGCAGAUUUCUGAAUCUCCUGUGUGAAGUUGGAUGGUGAUCACUAUCAUCUGGAAUAUUGGAUAUAGCUGUCAUUAGUCUAGUACAGUCAUAGCUGCUUUAAUUAUCCCAUGAAUCCUUCUAGGUUUGAAUGGAGCAGGUGAUGCUGGAAACACUGAAAAGACUAAUGGUGACAGUGAUGAAAAGACAGAAGAUGAUGACAAAGGUGAGGUGAUUUAACAGUGUGUACACUACAUAUACUUCUCAGUGUUCAGUUUUCUAAAAAGAAACUCGUUAUUCGGAAGCCAGGUAUGGGGGUGGGGGCGAAUCGGCACUAGUAUUCAAUGGGUAGACCGACAACAAAUGAUUAUUUAAUGUAAAAAGAAAAAAAAAAAGAGAUGUGAAUUGCCAUCUGGAUACAAGGUUUCUAUUGUUGGUGCCUCCGCCAGUAUAACUUGCUGGAUAAUGAAAGACCCAUGAAAUUCAAUGUAAUUGGCUUCUUCCUGUGCUAUAAGUCUGCUUGUUACAAUUGCAGCAUUUUGCUGCAUGAUUACAGGUGUUUGCAAUUAUCUCUAUUAAAGUGAAUUCUUUAAAAAGAGGACUGCACAAGUCACCCACCUCAUGCUCUGCUACUAGAGUAUUUAUUUUGAUCCACUUUGGAACUUUAUAAGUUUAUUCAGGAUGAUCUCAUAUCUGACUGUUUACAGAGGACAAAGCUGCACAGUCGCUGCUCAACAAGCUUAUUCGGAAUAAUCUGGUGAACACAACGCACCAAGUAGAAGUAUUGCAACGGGAUCCAAACUCUCCCCUAUACUCCGUCAAAUCGUUUGAAGAGCUGAGAUUGUAAGUAAUGGCUUGCUGCUGCCAAGCACCCUUUGUGAUGUGAUUUAUUUCCUGUAAUACGAUUCAGACAGUUAUGGUGAAGGAAUAUAGAAUUUCUGUUAAAAGGCAAUGGCCUGCCAUACAAUCUCCUCCGAUUUCUGGUUUAUUUGUAUUUGGCAUUUUUGGGGGGAGGGGGUUGGUUUAAGUGUUGAUAUUCACAACUGUGCUCAGGCAUUUGUGACAAAUCUUCCUCUACCAGCACAGGGGAGGAAUGUCUGAUUUAAUAAAGCCACUCCUGGUUGACCUGCUUGGCUCACUGUGUAUUUACGAGGUGCCCUUCUAGCGAAGUAAUGUGCAGGAUGCUUCAACAUCCAGGCACUAAUUGAAUUUCCCAGCCAAAUCCCUCAUCUGCGUCUCCAAGGCAACCAGAUCCAAUGAGGCAUGGUUUUCUCUACAGGUUCGAUGGGUUGCUUUCUGCAUGAGAGACUUACACAGCGUUUCCCAUUGGAGAUUCCUACAUUUAAAUUUCUGCAUUCAACAGAAGUCUUAUUAAAUAUCAAUUAGAUUAACUUUCAAUAAAAUGAGUUUUUGAUGGAUUCUUGUUCUGAAUUUGGGGUGCUUAUUUUCUGAUAGUCCAUGCUGAGGUUUUGUCAUAACCUGGGGGGGGGAGUGAGGGGCACGUGUAACUAAGUCACAGGGUCACUCUUCGGGUCUUAGUGUCUUUAAAAAAAAAAAUUAGCUUUUUCAAAAAAAGAAAAGCAGCACACUACAGUGUGCUAGAAAGCCUUGCUAAAAUGUUUCUCAAAUGUUGUUACACAUUCUAAAAUGUGUAUUUUUACUAUGAAAAAUAAAGCUGCAUAAUUCCCUCCAUCCCUAUAUAAUGCUGAGAUUGUUUCAUGCAUAGUAAUAGGUAGUGAAAUAAUACAUCUGUGUUCUCUUUAUUUGGUGUCAGUGUGUCUUUAAACGCAUUGCUUCUACUUUACAGGAUAUGUUUGACACCUAAAAAAUGCUCCCCCAAGCCAAGGGCCAUUGGUUAUAAUGUUCAUGGCUAUGUGUCUUGUAACCAUUGGCCCUAUGCAUUCCUUUAUUGUAGUCUAUUUCGAAGUUCCUGGUUUGCACAAUUUACUAAUUUGUGUUGGUGUGGCAUAAGUCAGUCCAUCCGUAUGUUAUGUCUAAGUACAAACUGAGCCCAUUUAAGUAGUUUGAGAGUCUGAGCAGUGUGUGUCGAACUGUAUUGAGUCUGUUUGACCAAAAAGCCCUAGCAACAGCGCAGAUCCUAAAGCUACAGUGGGCCCCUGUCUGCCUGCUGUCUCAGGAGACCAAUAAGUUUCAUUUCAAAUAUGUUACUCUUACACUUUUUUUUUCUUCUGCAGGAAACCACAGCUUUUGCAAGGAGUUUACGCAAUGGGAUUCAACAGACCUUCCAAAAUCCAGGAGAAUGCACUGCCCAUGAUGCUGGCUGAGCCGUAUGUUGAUUUAAUUGGGGGAGGGUUGUUGUUUUUAUUUUGGUAGAUGUUGGCUUGUGAUGGAUUCUUCUGUCUUCUCACACAUUCCACCCACUCUCCUCCAUGACUGUUACGUUUAGGUAUCCUGUUUAUUAGCGUCUCCGACAUGGCAUGUUGUGCUUUGAGGACGAGCCAUGUGUUUUCGGGUUAUACCUGUUGCUUAGCAACAUUCCCAGAACCUUUUUUUUUUUUUAUUUUUUUUUUUAAUUAUUAUUAUUAAUAAUUUUUUUUAUUUUUUUUUUUUGCUGGCUCUAUAAGCCUUGUCUGAUUUAAUUUGCUGAUCCGCUCCCCUCCUGUUUUCAGGCCCCAGAAUCUAAUUGCUCAGUCCCAGUCUGGGACAGGUAAAACGGCUGCCUUCGUUCUCGCUAUGCUCAGUAGAGUGAAUCCUGCAAACACUUACCCGCAGGUAAGGAAGGGUUGUGUUUAGAAGUAAAUACAUUAACACGUUAGUUCAAGGACGCAGGCAAUUGUCCAACUUCUGAACAAAAAAACCUAGAAUUUGUGAUCUGUUUUGUGCCACUGUAAUAUGUGCUUCAAUACAUGUUUUCUUUCCUAGUUUAUUAUAUAUAAUUUUUUUCAUAACUUGUCUAUAUAUUCUCUUAAAUUUGUACCUUUUACAAAUUGAGUCCUGGUUGUUAAAUGCCUCAUAUGUCUAGGAUUUAAGCAAUUUUUUUUUUCAGUUAUAGUACAAAUAUUGCAAGGAGUGAACUAUGGUAUUAAAGUAAAUUUAUUUUUGCACUCACUAAAUUUCCGUAUGUCCCACUAUUAUAACGAACCAUUGUUUUAUAUUUUGACACAUAAUGUCCGUUACGCACAUGCCAAUUUUCUUUUUUCAUUAUUUGACUUUACUGGGUCCAUGCCACUUUGGGGGCAAAAAAUAGCUGCCCCCAACUGCGCAUUUCCCCCAUCAUGACAUGCCAUUAGAAAAAAACAACUUUGGCUGUUCCAUAUUGAGUCUCUUCACAGGCCAUCACAAAUGAAAAGGAAUUUGGUGUGGUCUAACCAGCUCAAACAAGAUUUUGCUCAAGUCUUCUAAUCCCUGUGGAAUAGAUUGACACUUUAUCAAUCAACGUUAUCCAAGCCUCCACUGUUUGUGUAUGCUCUCUGUGAUCAUGGUGUAUGUUUGUCAGAGAGAUAAUUAAUCGUUAAAAGAAUCUCUAGGCAUACAGCAUUUGUAUACUUGAUUUGUAUUUGUUUCUAUUUGGGGGGGGGUGGGGGUACUGAGGUUUUUUAGAUAUAUUUAAAAUUGUCUUUAACACACCUCUAUGAAUGUUUCUUCACGGUAGUGUUUGUGCCUCUCCCCUACCUACGAACUGGCCUUGCAGACCGGUAAGGUCAUCGAGCAGAUGGGGAAAUACUAUCCAGAGCUAAAACUGGCAUAUGCUGUGCGUGGGAACAAAUGUGAGUAUUGCAGUGUCCACCUGCAUAGUACCAAACCAUUCUGAGUAGCUCCCUAAUGGUACUCCAUAUUCCAUCCUUUGCAGUGGGUUGGUACCAAACCAUUCUGAGUAACUCCAUAUUCCUUCCUUUACCGUGGGUUGGUACCAAACCAUUCUGAGUAACUCCAUAUUCCUUCCUUUACUGUGGGUUAACAACAAACCAUUCUGAUAACUUUCCAAUGGUACUCCAUAUUGCUUCCCUUAUCGUGGGUUAGUACCAAGCCAUAUUGGGUAAUGCUCCCUGUGGUGUACCAUGUUCCUCUUACUGCCCUUGUAUAAAUGCUGGCACAUAUUGUAUCACAAUUUUCCAAAACAAAGGAUUAGUUAAAUUCAAGAACAACGUAAUAUCUUUACGCAGCAAAUGUGAGACUGUUUGUUUGAAAUGUUAAAUAAAAUUAAUUUGUAGUCUGUAUAAAAUGUCUGAGGAUGAUAUAAUGUGAACAUAGACUGGGCGAGUUCACAAUUGCAUACAUUUUUUCCUAUCGCAUGCAAACCGAUGCAUGCAGAAUAUUUAUAUCUCUACAUAUAGGCAGAGAGAGAGAGAUUGUAGCCGUAUUAGUCCAGAGAUGUAAAAUAAGAGAUCACAUUAGUAUCUUGUAAUAAAGACAAAAAACAGUGAAUGUAAUAAACCAUGCGUAUUCCUCCAUUAAUUGGAGGCGAUAUACAAAAGGCAUAUACUUUCAUAGUGUAAUAUAGUUGAGACAAGUAUUGGUAAUAAUAGACAGUUGGCAUCUCACACUUGGCAGAGCUACAUAUUGCAGGCUCUGGUUAUAAUGGCAUUAGAUGGUAGAAGUGCUCUUUGUCCACCUCUCUACCAAGAGGAAUAAUGUAGGGACUUGAAUCAGGAAUGGGGUAAAAUAACUUUUUUAAUAUAAAAUCUGUAGCACAAGCCAUACACACAGACUAAAAGUCCAGAUAACACUCAGCACAAUACGUUUCGUUCUUCAUGAUCUUCAUCAAGGUGCAUAACCACCGCACAAUAUAGGGUCUAGGUCCGGAAAUUGCAUUUUACACCCGUUUCUCAGCAUUCCCACCAAAAAAAGUGCUGUUUCAUGUGACACUCUAUGGUUGACCAUGUCUUGUCUGACAUGUCCUUAUUAUAUAUGCUCAGCAUAUCAAAAAUAAAGAAUUAAAAGUGUAUAUACAUUUAACAUAAGGAUUUCAUGGGCUUCAUAGAUUAAACAAGAAGAAAAAGAUAUAUUUAAAAAACAUUUUGAUACAAUAACAGCGUGUACACAAAUAACAUAACACUAUAUAGUUCCAAUAAGAGAACUUUAUAUAACCAGUUUUUUUUGUUUAAAAAAAAAAAAAAAACCUGUGAAUAAAUGAGAGUAAUUAUUAGAAAAAUAAAAAUGGUAGGGAAGGAGAUAUAAGAAAUAAAAGGUCACUUUUGAAAAAAUGUAUAAAAAUCCCUAAAUAGCAGGGACAUGAUCUGUACACCAAAACUGCUUCAUCAAGACAAUGUUUUGAUCUGUUUAAUGCCAGAAUCUUGCGAUUGACUGUGUAUGCGGGUUUCUAGGAUUGAGCUGCCAAUACUAGAUUGUAUCCUUAACAUGUCGACUUCAGCAUAAACAUCUCUGCCAUCAUGUUAAUACUACGUAUUAAAGAUCUGUCUAACUCCAUGCAAUCUGUGGAUUAAAUCUUCUUAAAGUAUUGCAGUGAAUUUGCAUCAUUUUACGCUUUAAAGGACCACUCUAGGCACCCAGACCACUUCAGCUUAAUGAAGUGGUCUGGGUGCCAGGUCCAGCUAGGGUUAACCCAUUUUUUCAUAAACAUAGCAGUUUGAGAAACUGCUAUGUUUAUGAAUGGGUUAAGCCUUCCCCUAUUUCCUCUAGUGGCUGUCUCAUUGACAGCCACUAGAGGCACUUGCGUGCUUCUCACUGUGAUUUUCACAGUGAGAGCACGCCAGCGUCCAUAGGAAAGCAUUAUGAAUGCUUUCCUAUGUGACCGGCUGAAUGCGCGCGCAGCUAGCCCAGGAGGAGAAGGGUGGGGGCACCCUCAGGGCACUAUAGUGCCAGGAAAACGAGUUUUUUUUUUUUUUUUUCCUGGCACUAUAGUGGUCCUUUAAGCAAAUGUACCAUGGCUGUGUUUAAUAUUGUUCCUUGCUUGGGUUUUGAAGUAACUUGUGAGGUUUGACCAAAGUCCCUGCUCACAGAUGCUAUAAAUCUCCUUUUUGAUGUUUCCUCAGUGGAGCGCGGCCAUAAGAUCUCUGAGCAGAUUGUCAUUGGAACCCCAGGUACAGUCCUGGACUGGUGCUCCAAACUAAGGUUCAUUGAUCCCAAGAAGAUCAAGGUGUUUGUGCUUGAUGAAGCAGAUGUGAUGAUUGCAACUCAAGGACAUCAAGAUCAGAGUAUCCGAAUCCAGAGGUGAGCGCCCACUUUCUUCUAAUGACUGAAAGCCUAUUUAAUGGCAGAUUUAGACCAGAGGGAGCUUGUCGUCUGACCGCUUUCCUUUUCACCACUUUUUAAAACCGUAUACACCUCCUAGCCAUUCCCAGGAUACACCUAUGCAUAUUCAUUUUACAAGUGCCUGUAGUUUUUUCUUCUGUUUUUGUCUAUCACAGACAACUGGCACCGUUUUCGAUCAUGGCGUGCCUUCUUUGUGCCCCUUAUUGCAGUGUUGUUGACUCAAUAAUUUUAUUUAUUUUUUUUGGAUAACUUUUAUUUAUUUUUCUUAUACAGCCGUGUGUGUUGCGUGUUAACUCCUUUACCGGCCGUCUUGUCUAGAGGUGACACGAGCCAUAGAAUACCAUUUACAAAAAGCACCACAAACCAUUGCUUUCCUCUCUGAUGCGUGGCCUGUUUGUGCAGACAUGGGCCAGAUGUGAUGUCACCCCCAGAACAUAGAAAGAAGGCAAAAGGGUUCUGUGACUAGUAACAGUUUGUGUACAACCUGAAAUAGGACAAGUAGAACUUAAAGGAAAGCUAUCGUGCUAGGAAAACCAAUGUUCCCAGACGCUGGAUCGGGUUCGCCUUUACUCCUCCAAUAGGAUUUCCCUAUAGGAAAGCAUUAAUCAAUGCUUUCCUAUGGGGGUCCGGUGACACUGGAAGUCCUCAUGCAUAGCAUGAGGACGUCCAGCGUCGUUUAGGCGACCAAAAGUUGCCUUGAAGCCCGGAAGUCCCUCUUGUGGCUCUCUGGUAGACAGACACUUGAGGAGGCAUUAACACUAGCAGGUAAUUAUUGCAGUUUAUAAAAACUGCAAUAAUUACAUGCUAAGGGUGAUGGGAGUUUGCACCCAGACCACUUUGAUGUGCUGAAGUGGUCUGGGUGCCUACAGUGUCCCUUUAGCCCCUGGAGGGUAUAUUUAAAGCUAGUACUUGUGAGAAACCCAAGACCAGGCUACAAAUUUCUAUUUUGUAUACAGUAAACUGGCUUAAUCAAUAAAUUACUCAUACUGCAUGUAGCCAUAUAACCUCACCCAGGCAUAUUUUAGACAUUUUGCUUGCUGUAUGGGAAUCUAUGUUCUAUUAAUAAGACUAGUUCAAUGCCACAUGUCCUACAUGAAAACUAAAUGCACUUUCCACAUUUUGCCCUGAUUUUCUUUUUUUUUUUUUUUUUCUGGAUUGUGUUAUUUGCAGAAUGUUGCCCCGUGACUGCCAGAUGCUCCUGUUUUCUGCUACAUUUGAAGAGUCUGUAUGGAGAUUUGCUCAGAAAGUCGUUCCUGAACCCAAUAUUAUCAAAUUGAAACGGGAAGAGGAGACCCUGGACACAAUCAAACAGUAUUACGUGCUCUGUAACAACCGGGAGGAGAAGUUUAAAGCUCUCUGCAAUAUUUAUGGUUCCAUAACCAUCGCACAAGCUAUGAUCUUUUGCCAUGUGAGUAGAUGGCUUCAGAAAGACCUGCUUGUGCCAUGUCCGAGUAUUUGUGUUGGAAGUUCCAAAAGCUUAAGCCAUCAUCUUCUGUAAGCACAGACCUUCUCCUUUAACUAUUGCUUUAUUGUAGACUCGGAAGACUGCAUCUUGGCUGGCUGGUGAAUUGUCUAAUGAAGGACAUCAGGUGGCAUUGCUCAGCGGGGAGAUGGUGGUGGAGCAGCGAGCAGCUGUGAUCGAUCGCUUUAGAGAAGGCAAAGAAAAAGUUCUUGUUACAACUAAUGUGUGUGCCCGAGGUGAGUGCUUUUUCUUUAUUCCUCCAACUCCGAUAUCUUUAGAGGAGAAACUAACCUACCUUUACUAACAGAAAUGUACCUCAUGGAGGUUCAUCAGCUGAUUAGUAGUCAGUGUUUUUUUUUGUUUUUUUUUGGGUUUUUUUAGCAUGAAGCUUCAUGCAUGUUUUGUGUUCUACAGAAAACUUGCAUGAAGUUUUACUUCAAGCUAAUAAAAGUUCUGCCACACAUUUGAUGUGCUUUUUUUAAUUUUUUUUUCAGAGUAUUACAUGUUCGUUAUUCUCUGUAAAUCCCAAAUCAUAAAACCAUUCCCUCUGUCUCCCCCCACAGGUAUUGAUGUGGAGCAAGUCUCUGUAGUGAUAAACUUCGACCUUCCAGUGGACAAGGAUGGAAACCCUGAUAAUGAGACAUACCUUCACAGAAUUGGUCGCACCGGACGAUUUGGCAAGAGAGGGCUGGCUAUCAACAUGAUUGACAGUAAACACAGCAUGAAUAUUCUGCAACGAAUCCAACAGCACUUUAGUAUGUUCUCCCAAUGCCUUAUUAUAAUGUUCUGUAGAACCCAUCUGUUUUAUAGCUUAGUUACAAGCCAUAUUUUGACAAAUGUACUUGUGUAGAAUUGCAACCCGUUUCAAAUUAAUUUUUUGGGAGGGUUGCGGAGGGUUUAAACUAAAGUACUUCUAGUGCUUAGUGACACUUUAGGGGCCACUGGUUGCUGAUGCCAUCACAACAUGGAAUGUCCCACUCGAUUGAUUUCUGACUCUACAGCACUACCUGUGUUACAUAAAAAGGACAUUCUUUAUCUGCAUGGGGCCUUGUAGUUUCACAGUAAUCUAGGUUGAAAAAAAGACUCCUCCAUUGAGUUCAUAAUUACAAAAAAGUCAUUUGAAAUAAGAAGGCCAAACAAAAAUAGUGAAGCGAUGGACAACUAUGCCAUAAAAAUGUAAAAUAUUCUAUUUAACUGCGUAAUACCAAUCAGAUUUCUCUUUGAGAGAGCAGCUAGCUCCUGCACAUAUUAAAAAUAUAUUUGAAAUGUCUGGUUUUCCCAAAAAAAUGCCCAUCCAUCUGGUGGUGGUUAUAGAGUUCAUUGGUCCUUUAUGGGAUAUGGUAUAUCCACCAUUAGUGUGACCUUCAGUGGGUAUGGCUUCCUUGUAAUAUUUCCAUCUCACUUUGAAAGCUAGAGAUGGUGGUAAGUGAACUAGGGGGAGAGUGUAGUUUGUAUUAAUUGCUCAUCGGAAUUAGUUGCCCUUUGAUUUAUUUGGCUGAAGCAGUUUUGUUAUCCUUGUCUCACAAUAUCUUCUUUGCCUUCCAAUUUGCUUUUGUUUUUAGAUAAGAAAAUUGAGAAACUUGACACGGACGACAUUGAUGAGCUUGAGAAAAUUGCCAACUGAAACGACUCCCCUUUCUUUACUCUUGACCAGUAUCUCCUUAGCGGUGGUCCUAAUCAUGUGGUCACACAGCGAAAAAAACAAGCCACAGAAAUUGCCUCAUUGUACCUGCCGUUACCUCCCAGUGUGGGGGAACAAGGUGAAGGUUUCAGAAGUGAUGUUUUUAGAGUAGCCUUAAUUGAAGUCUUUUUUUUUUAAAAUCCCUGGACGUUCUGCCAGACUGUUUUGCUAGGGGCGCAUUAAAACUUUUUUUUUUUUUUUUUUCUUCGAAUAGUUGAGACAAACACUUUACCAGUAACGGGCCCUGCCGUUCAGAGGUUUGGAACCGUUUCAGUAUCUCUGCUAUAAUUUAUUGCAAUCUCUGUAUUCCAUCACAAACGAGCUUAGUUAAGGAUGUGAGCUUGGAAUAUUGCCCAAGUUUAUGGGUGAAAAAUUGAUGCAAAGAGGGUGCUCCACACUAGAGAUUUUUUUUUUUUGGGGGGGGAGGGGGGGGAGGAGAGAGGAGGAAGGAGCCCAACUUAAUUUCUGUCGCUCUUAUUACAGGGGUUUGCAGUGUGUUUACAUUUCCCUUGUAAGACUGCAGGUAUAUCAUUUUCAUAUUACAAAAUCUCAUGGUAGAUUUUUACAUUUAUUUAAAAAAAAAAAAAAAAUUCUUUUUCAUAGUAUUAAGCUACUUCUAUUACACCAAUUUGUUGCUCGAGACCUACCCCUUUUAAGACUUAAUAGAACUUUCUUUACUAACAUUUAUAUGUGAUCUAUCCAACACAAGGAAUUUGAUAAGUUAAAAUAUUUGCUAUAUGAUUCUAGUAGUAUUAGGAGGGUAAGCAUUUUGCAGCCUUGCAAUGCUUUAAUAAGGCGAAAUUAAUUGAGCGACGCUGCUGAAUGUGUACAUUCACUUGGCGGCUUGCAGGAUUUGUAUAUUCAGGAGGGAAACUGACUUCCAGUGGUCUCCAGGGUAUUAAAUCCUGUGUUUAGGGGUGUAUCGGUGUUUGCUAGGGGCACUCUAGCUAUAGUCCAGCAUUGAGGGUCCGUAAAGUCCUACACACACGUCAUUUACCUCAGUCUGCACAGCAAGCCUUCACAAUGGUUGUAUGUGUAUUUUACAUUUUAGCAUAUUGGUUUAAAUCUGCUUCAGGACAGAAGCAACAAUUCUUUUACCAAGUAAAAAUAACAGAUUGGUUUAACCUGUACCUAAAAUUUUAGGAAGCAUGAACACUUUUAAUUAGCUUAGCAAUUUAGGGAGGUUAGAAGUGUGUACAGGACAGGGGUGGCCUAUAGGGAUGGGUUGGGCUUCCCGCUGGUCAUAUGCUACAUUUGCUUGAUUUUUCUUUUGAAUAAAGAAUGUGCGUCACACACGCUCCAAUCGUGGUCUGGGUGUUUCUGUGGGUGAGGG